AUGGAAAAAGCAACAGUUAUGGAAACCUCUAAUGGUAGCUUAUCUCAAAAAACAUACAGUUCAAGAGACGAGGAUUUAUCUGUGUGCUCUUAUAAUAGACCAGAUAAAGCCGUUAAUAGUGGCGACCAUGCAGUUGAUGGGUGCACCAUAGUUGACGAGAUUGGCAUUUUCGAUGCCCGUAAGUACUUCAAUGAAUCAAGUAACAUAGAGGCUGAGAAAGUAAGCUACUAUAGUAGAGUAUCCCCUGUGAAAAAUGUCAAUGCUAUGAAUCUGGAGCGUAAUUCGGAGCGAUCUGAUCUCUCUGCCGCUCCCAGAAGAUUCUCUUCAGCUUCAUCCUCUGUGGAUGGCAAUAUUAAUGCCAGAAACUACAUGGCUCGUGCCGCGGCAACUCCAACAGCUUCAUCCGAAGCAAGUUGGAACAGCAAGACUGGUCUCUUGUCCAAUCCUCCCUGUGCAAUUCCAGUUUCCAUGCGCAAUGCUCAGAAAAAAACUAGUAGUAGAUGGCUUUUCUGCAGAAAAUGCCCUUGUACAGGGAAAAAAUCUGUUCAAGUCCAAGAAAAAGCCCAUCUGCCAGCACCAACACCAUCAUCAUUGCACAAACAUUGUCACAGUAGUAGUACAAGUGCAAUGAAUCCCAAAAGGCAGACCCCCCAUAAAACCAGGUCAGAUAAUAUGUGGGUCAACACACCAAGUUUUUUUCCUCUACAAAUGCAGGGGCAGCAUAGUGUAGUAAGAGCCUCGGGAAAGCCCUUUAUUAAUACCGAUCAUAGUGCUAAUAACUUCACCUUUCCCAUACUAAAUCCAUCGUCAUCAUCAUCGUCGUCACUAAAAGCAAGACUACCAGCUCGUCAUGAAUCAUCAUCUAUCUCUACUAUUCAGACAAUUAGUAAGAGUUUUACAUUGGCAACCAGUCCCAACAAAUCAUCAAUUAUGAUAGAUGAUGAAGAAGUGGCAAGCGACGCAAGCUCCGACCUGUUUGAGAUAGAGAGCUUCUCAACAACAAAAACAACGAAGCACAGAGAUUCUCAAGACGAGAUCGUCAAUGCCAAGGGGUCUAAUAAUUACUUGUUGUAUAGUACUAGGCGUGAGGAGCCAAAUGAAAUUGCAGUUGCACCUACAGAUGUAGAGUGGUAUGAGGCAAGUGAGGCUAGCAUUGAUUGGAGUGUUACAACAGCUGAAGGGAUGUCAGUUGCCGCAUCAGAAUUAGCGGAUGAUGACACAACCAUCAUCAGGUGCAAUCAAAAGAGCAGCAAACAAAGAUCAUCAUCAUCAUCAUCAUCUAAUAUGAAUGGGUUGUCGUUGAGUUCGAGUUGUCAAUGCGAGAAGGCAGUGAGCGUGGGACCAAAACCAGUGAAGUGCUUGUCUUCUACUAGUAAUAGUAAUCGAAGGACACAGCAACAGCAAGGAUGGUCUGCCUCUAUCAGUAAAGUCUACAUUUGA